AUGACCGCCAGCACAUCGUCCCCGACCGCGACCUCGAGUCCCUCACACAUGAUGGAUCCCACGACAACAGAGCACGACUUUCGCUUCCCUCGAAGACCCUUCGACUCGACCGGCACGGCCGCCGACGGAACAUACGACGCCGAAAUUUCGCAGUUGACCAACAGGAUCGGCGACGACAGCAGCCCCGGCGAUUUGCGCAUGCACGAACUCAACUUGGACCUUGCGAAACACGACAAUGUCGCCCGCUUCGACUUGCUCCAGGCCUCGGCUCAUCCGAGUCUAGAGGGCGUAUUGUCCGGCACGAACGAGAGCAUAGAGCAGAUGCAGCAGAGCGAUCCGCUGGCGACCCAGAUCUGGAAGUUCUUCAGCAAGACGAAGCAGAGCCUGCCCUGCCAGGAGCGCAUGGAGAACCUGACAUGGCGCAUGAUGCAUACCAACAUGCGAAAGCAGCGGAAACAGGACGACGACGCCAGUAUGGCUGCUCGCCAGUCCGGUAACAGCAGCAGCAGCAGCAGCAGCAACGCGGCAGCAAGCCCUGCUGCAAAUGCGAAUGCGAAUGCGCCCAGCGGCAUUGCGCAACUUAGAAAAACCUCGGACCAAAGCCUUCUGCAGGCAGAUCCCAUGAACCUAGAUGACUUCAUUUUUGCUGAGAAUGUGGCGACUCCCGCGGGACUGACGCCCUCGCCCGAGAUGAUCAAGCAGGAGGGGGAGAGAUCGAAUACUCACACUCACACCACGGCGGCGGCAAUACCGAUCAAGUCCCGCAAGACGUCGGCGCAGCACUUCGUCCCCCAAUCGGUGCCCGUGCCUCCUCACCAGAGAAACCAGGAUGAGUUUGGCUACAUCACCCGCCAUCACCGAAAGACGAGCAUCGACGAGAGACGAACUCGCAACCUGAAGCGUCCCGCCGACUUCUCCCCUCAUGUUUCCGCUCUCAACAGCAGUGCUGUUGCUAAUGAGCUGGACGCCGACUCUGAUCUGCAUGAGUAUUCUCUGGACACCUCUCACUCUCACCACAACGGCCCAGCACACAUGCACCAGCAUCCUGGCGCUCUUCCUUUCCCACUUGACACCUUCCAGAUGGAGAAUGACCCCAUCAUCACAUCGGCCGGGCCAUACCAGCAGAACUUCUCCUUCUCGCCGUCGACGUCGCCUAUGGUUCCCCACGGCCCUUUCUCCAAUAUGUACAACCAUCGCGGCAACCCCUCGGGGUCGAUGAAUGGUCCCGACUACUACUCUCCCCCGGGAUCCGCCUAUCAGUCUACCGUCUCGACGCCGCAUCCCAUGGCCGAAAAUGAGAGCAUGUUCUUCGGUUCCAUGGAUAUGCGCCAUCAGCGGCAACAGGGUUUCCACCAAGGCCCUGGGUCGAUGGGUAACCAGAUGGGUCAACAGUUCAUGUAUCACUCCAAUGGCAAUUCCAUGUUCCAUCCUGCCUCCAGCGGCGCCGACCUGUCCUCUGCAUUUACCUCGGCUCCCAACUUUGGCCACGUCGAUCCAAGCCAGGUCUUUCAGCCCGACCAUCCAGCCCGUUCGCCUGGCGUCGGCAUGAUGCACGAGAGUAUGUUCACUUUUGGGGCCGACUCGGAUAAUGAGGAUGAGGAGGGGAGCGCAUUUGCGGACCGUAACAUGGGGGUGCACCAAGGCUUUUCGCCAGGUGAUGAGCCGGGCAUGGAUAUGAGCAGUACCAACCCCUUGGGAUGGGAUGCCUCGUUGCCGGGUCGGUUCAGCACGCAGGCCGCUCGUUACCCCGGUGGUCGGCCUCGGAAGCAGGUGACGAUUGGAGGUACAACAACCGACUAUGUCGAGUCCGGUGACUGGGAUAGUCAAGGGAACCUGCCACGAUCCCAAUCGUUUCGCACGACGUCUAGCGACAGACGGCAAAAGAUCCCGCGCACAACCUCGACACCCAUGGGCGGUCGCGGCAACCCCUUCGACAGGAUGGCCCUGUCGGAUGCCAACUCACCACCGCCAGACGCAUCAGGAAACCUGUCUGGAUACUCAUCUGUCGCGCCCAGUCGUCCAGCUUCUCCACCUGGCUCUAAACACGGCUCGACAAGUAAUCUGCAAGCUGCUGCGGCGAACCAAGGGGAUGGAGGCGCUCCUACCACCUGUACUAACUGUUUUACACAGACAACACCACUUUGGCGGCGCAAUCCCGAGGGUCAACCCCUCUGUAACGCCUGCGGGCUUUUCCUGAAGCUGCACGGUGUCGUUCGACCGUUGAGCUUGAAGACUGAUGUCAUCAAGAAGCGGAACCGCGGCUCGGGUUCGAGUCUGCCAAUCGUUGGGACGAGUACUAGAGCAUCGAAAAAGAAUAGCGCCGCCAAUGCACCGGCCACAGCCUCUGGGCCUGUGUCGCGGAAGAAUUCGACGUUGGCCGUAUCUGCAUCGACCAACGCAGCACAAGCAACCACUCCUCCAGCAACGAACCGAGCCAGCAGUGUCAACGAAGUGGAAAGUCCAGCUAGUGCCGCUGGUUCCGGUGGGAACACGGCAGGCAGUACACCAGGCAGUUAUGCAGGCUCAGCGACUGGCGCCGUGGGUGGGAAAGGCGUAGUCCCGAUCGCAGCGGCUCCCCCUAAGAACACCCCAGGACCUGGGGCUGCAUCACUACCGCGCAGCAUUGCCAACUCUGGCUCUUCAGGCUCCUCGAAACGCCAACGGCGUAGCAGCAAGAGUGCUGGUGCAAACGAGUCAUCUGGUGGUAUGGACGUCGACAGUCCCGAGAACUCGACUGGGUCGAACGAAGCCGCUCCGUCUGUCGGCUCUUCAAGCGGUUUCAUCAACAUGCAGAAUCCUGGAAACCUAGGUCUCGCCAAUGGCUUUGGCAUGACCCAAAGACCAAUGAUGGCGCCCAAUAUGCCGGGAAUGCCGGGUGUGCCUCUGAACGGAUUGAUGAACGCGGGCGCUGGAGCUGGACCGCAGGAAUGGGAAUGGUUGACGAUGAGUCUUUAA